GAACACCUUUUUAAUUUACACAGUGCCACUCACAUUAAAGUUGGUGCGAGUUAAAGCAAAGACCUUCUGUGUGUGCCAAUGCGGGAGGUUGCUUAGCUAGCUGCUAGAAAGCUACGUUGUAGCUAACCUCAUUCUGCGAUACAACCUCGAGACAAGUCGGGACAAGACCAGUCUCAGGGUUCACCAUACUCAAUGAGCGGACAGCGCAAUGUCAGAGCGCUCUGGGCAAACUGCAAAGGGGAAGGAAGGCAAAACCAAGUAUGCGUCUCUCAACCUGUUUGAUACAUACAAAGGAAAGAGCCUUGAAACACAAAAGCCUGUUGUUCCCCCCCGCCAUGGCCUGCAGUCUCUUGGUAAAGUUGCCUCUGCGCGGCGUAUGCCACCCCCUGCCAACCUGCCCAGUCUGAAGGCAGAGAACAAAGGCAACGAUCCCAACGUCUCGCUUGUUCCCAAAGACGGCACAGGAUGGGCAAGCAAACCGGAAUCAGCAGACCCAAAGAGUACCGAUGCAUUGUCAGCACCGCAGCCGGAAUCGCAGCAGCCUGUGGCUUCACAGAUACCUGCACCGACCCUCCCGAGAACCCCGCCAGCUUCAGAGGCUCUGGCCCCAACUUCAACCCAGGCCGUAGGGGCAAGGUCCUGGGCACAAGCCAGUGUUACACAUGGAACACAAGGGGAUGGUGGAAAGGGAUCAAACCUACCGUCGCCAUUCUCUCGCGAGGAAUUUCCCACCCUGCAGUCGGCUGGCGACCAGGACAAAGUUGGCAGAGAACAGGCCACUGCAGAUCAGUGGUAUGGGCCCGGACCAAGCCUCCGCCCCCAGAACGUUACAAGUUGGCGGGACGGUGGGGGUCGAGCCCUGGCACCCACCCUGCCUGGGGAGGGGGCAGCAGAGGGUGGCACAGCUGGAGCUCUGGUAAUGGAUGGGGCUGUUGGGGUCGCCCCUCCAAGCUCCCAGAACCAUGGGCCACCUAGGAAUCCUCCUGCAGGCAGUCCCGCCUUACCCCUGCCCCAGCCCCCAGUGGGGCCUGGGUAUCCCCCCUAUCGAGGGAUCAUGCCUCCGUUCAUGUAUCCUCCCUAUCUACCAUUUCCGGCCCCCUAUGGCCCUCAGGGGCCCUACAGGUACCCUCCACCUGGGGAAGGGCCCGCUCCAAGAUUUUCACGUGGACAGGGUGGACCUGACAACAGGCCACAGGGCGGUCCACGUGAAUCAGGUGGAGAGGUGGUAAAACGACCCUCUAUCCUAAAGCAGGAUGACCUAAAGGAGCUAGAUGAGCUGGAUCAUGAUGGAGACGAAGGCUGGGCAGGGGCCCAUGAGGAGAUUGAUUACUCUGCCAAGCUGAAGUUCAGUGAUGAUGAAGGAGAAGAAGAGGGAGAGGAGGAGAGAACUGAGAGCAAGAGUGACUCCCGGUGUGUGAACAAUGAGCAGCAGAGGUCCCAGGAUGCUCCCAGUGCAACCUCUCAUUCUCGAAACUCAGACAGCGGUGGAGACAACCGUCGCACGCCACCCUCUAAUGCUGACAAUGGCCCCCAGCCCCCUUCUUGCAAGCCAGGGUGGCCAGAGGAGGGAGGAAAUAACUGGGGAGGUCAGGGUGCACCAUCCAACUACCAGGGGCGCAGGCCUGGAUUGGGUGGUCCCCGGGAGCAGCCCUCCCCCCCACCUGGGCCGCUCCUUGGACAAGGGCCCUACUCCUUUUACCGACAGGAGCGGUCACUUAACCAGGGUGGAUCUCCUGGCCUGGGGAAACCUGCUCCUGCCCAGCAUCAGUCAACAGCAGGAGGUCCUACUGCCUCUGCUCAGCCAGGUGUGCUAGUCCAUGGGUCCCAGGGAGAUGAUGAGGAUGAGACUUGGCGACAGCGCAGGAAGCAGUCAUCCUCUGAGAUCUCUGCAGCCGUGGAACGAGCCCGCCGCCGCCGGGAAGAGGAAGAGCGUAGGAUGGAGGAGGAGAGACGUGCAGCCUGCGCUGAGAAGCUGAAGAAGCUGGAUGAGAAGCAGCAACAGCAGCAGGGCAGCAGCACAGGAGGUGGCAGCAGUAAGACCCCAAGCCUUGAUGGAAAUUCUACAGCUGCUACAGCAGGCAGCCCAAGUCCAUCUAUGUCGGCUUCUUCUCCAAACAUCAGCCAGCCUCCCUCUCCUUGUGUGGACCAUGAAGAGCCUCCAGUUCUGGCCGCCCAACCAGGCUCCAGUACUGGAACAAAUGACCAUCAACGAGCUAGCAGCAACAGCAGCUAUGACUCCAGUGCAGAUACCCAACAGUGUUCCCAGCCAGCUGUAUCACAGCAACAGCAACCCCCACUGGAGAUACCCUUACCAGGAGAGAGUAAAGAAGAGGCCAUGGUCAGUCCUCACAUCCGUGCAGGUAGUGGAGGUGAAAGGGUAAUCGACCCAGUGAAGAUUGAGAAUAUUGGUGGGGGAGCAGGUCGGCAAGCUGGUGGUCCUCCGAGCCAGAGUUACUCAAAGUACCAGAAAUCGCUCCCACCUCGCUUUCAGAGGCAGCAGCAGGAGCAGCUCCUGAAGCAGCAGCAGCAGUGGCAACAGCAGCACAGCCAGGCAUCACAAAGUCAGCUGUCCCCGCAGCCUCAGGGUCCUCAAGGUCCUUCAUCGGGUUCAACGCCCCAGCCGGGUCCUGGACCAAAGCAGGGUGGACCUCUAUAUCAACCCAGUAAUAUGGUUCGACCUCCACCUCUGCCAAUGAAUUUUGACCCUCGUUGGAUGAUGAUGCCCUACAUGGACCCUCGCAUGAUGCAGGGUCGCCCCCCACCCAUGGAUUACUAUUCAGCUGGCAUGCACCCAUCUGGGCUUAUUGGGCGUGAGCGAUCGGAUUCAGGGGGAUCUGGUUCAGACCCCUUUGACAGGCCGCAACAGCAUCCGGGACACCCUAACCGUGGGACCCCCCCUAUGGAUCCUAAGCUGGCCUGGGUGCCAGAGGUCUUCCCUGGUGGAGCAGAGAACCGUGGGUUAACAUCACCCCUACGACAGAAGCAGGCACUGGAGGAUGAUGAUGUGGCAAAGGGGCCCAGGAGUGAUACUCCUCCACAUCGCUUACGAGAGGGUGGAUUGGGACCCAUCCAGCAGCCUAGCACCUCAUCAGCGACAUCCAGUCAAACUCCUCCUCCCGUUGGCACUCAAGUCACUGCCCAGGGAAGCAGCCACCACCCUCAUCAUUACAUUGGUGGCCGUGGCAACUACAGCAACUUUCCUGACCAGGGAGCAAGGAUGCCUGCACACCAGCAGCAUCAGAGGGCAGAUGAUAGAGGAAGCCAGCCACAUAGCUUCUCCCACCAGGAUGAAGGUCCUCCCCGAGGAUCUCAACAGGGCCAGAUAUGGGGAGCCACACAUCCUCAUUAUGAUCGUAAUGGCCGAGCAGACAUCCCCCCUGUGGAGAGCAACUCUCAUCACCACCACCACCAUCACAGCCACCACCCUCAGCCUCACUUCACUCUUCACCCUCAUAAGCCAGAAAACAGUCGUGACAGAGUUGGUGAUGCCCAAGCUAAGAAGACAGACUCUUCUCCUCCUCUUCACCAACCUUCCCUGUCAUCCUCCUGCUCUUCCUCUUCCUCAUCUUCUGCCAGAGAGGAUGUGAAUGUCAAAGUGGCUCAACAUCCUCGUCCACCACAAAGAGAGGGUGAAUCUGGUAUCAGCCACAGUCAUGGAGAAAGAGGCAACAGUGGUAACACCAGUAGCAACCAUGUGAAACAAGAGAAGGCAGGCCCAGCACAUCCACCUCAUUCCUCCAUCGCCUCUAGCCCACCGCCUUCCCAACAUGGUAGUCAUAAUCAGCCUCAGCAGCAUCCCCAUCCUAAGUCAAACCAAAGAGGAGGGCGGGAACACAAGACAGAAACCCAGUGGGGCCCACGCCCUGGAAGCAGCAAUAUGGGUGGGGGGUCCUCUCAUGGCAGAAGGGCCAAUCAUGCAGGAGGUGGGAACAGCUCCCGUGGAGGAGAAGACCCCUCUUAUACAUCAUCAGAUCACAAAUCUUCCAACCAGACAGGAGGAAGCAAUGCCAACAAGAGGGCUGGUCCAAUUAAGAAACCAGUUCUGAAGGAAAUAAAGAGAGAGGGAGGGGAGGUUGAUGGAGGAGAAAAAACAGGCACAGGCUUCGGAAAAGAUAAAGAACAAGAUGGUGGGCAACCCAUCUCCAUGAAACAGGAAGCUUCCUCCAUCUCCCAGAGCACUUCAGCUCCAUCUAAAGACGAGCCAGUUCAGGCAACUAAACCCAGGAAUGGAGGAAAAGACCGGUCCUCUGGUGGAGGUGGAGGAGGGCCAGGUAGAGGGCCUAAAGAUGUAGAUGCCACAUCAGGAUUUUCAGGAUCCACUUCUAGAAGGGACAGAGAUCGGUCCUUUGAAAGAGGCAACUCCCACCACCAUGGAGUCCCUGCUAAAGGCAGCAGGGCUAGUCGAGGGCGUGGGGGAGAAUUUUAUGGACGUGGUCGUGGUUACCGAGGCAGCUACACGGCCAGCGCUGGACCUGCUGGUGGCAAUCGUGGCAGAAUGGGUGGUAGGAGUGGCAGAGACUACCGCUCAUCAGGUGGCCACCACCAAGAAUCCAAGGGUGAAGGAGCUGGUGGUCGGCAUGGCCAGGAUCGGUCUCAGCAUAAUCCUGCCAGGGCCAGAAACAGAAGUGAAACUCGGAGCGAGGGAUCAGAGUAUGAAGAAAUCCCCAAGAGAAGAAGAGAGAGAGGCUCGGAGACUGGUAGCGAGAGUGGUGCAAGUGACCUUGGUCACUCUGACAAAGAUGAUAACCAAAAACCCAACACCAAGAAUGGUUCUGACAAUGUCAGUGCUACAGCAAACAUUUCAUCUGCACCACCGAGAAGUUCCCAGGCACGUGUCUUCACCCCAAGGGGUGUGCCCUCUAGGAGGGGCAGGGGUGGGGGAAGUGGGGGAGGAAACAUCUACAGGAGUAGUGGCAAUACUGGAGGAACAGGUGGGGGACAUCGGGUUGGACCCAGCUCGGGUUCUCUCAGUGGCUCCUCCAAGUCAUCCGCUUCAGGCCGAAAACAACAAAGUCAGCCACAAACCUCUGGCCCCAAAGACUUUGGUCGAGGAGGAAAUGCAAGAGAAAAGAAGGACAGGGUAGUUGAUGGAAGUCAAACUCAAAGUCAGGGGGCCAACCCCACUCAGCCGUCUUUGCCUGCUAUGACCCUUGCUCCUCUAGUUUCCUCUGAAAAUGGAGGGGUCCUAACCCAGCAAGCUCCAACCAAUCCUGCACCAAACUCUGGAGGGCCAAAUGUUCCCCCUCUUCCCAGUAACCGUGGGUUUGAGAGACCCCCUAGACGUCGUCGGCAUGGGCGGUCACAGCACCAGCAGGACAAACCGCCCCGCUUCCGGAGACUGAAAGAACGGGAGAAUGCUGCACGCAUCAAUGGAGGAGUGGGGGUCAUUGGGGGAGGAAGACCAUCCUCCCCUUCCCUGAAUUCAGUUCAAGACAGUAAUGGAGCACCAGUCUCUGCUCCCAACACGGGAAAUGCCCAAAAUGCUAACCACAAUGCCACACUAACCACCAACAAUAACAGUGGGGCCGGGCAUCUUAACACAAACAAUGCAAACAGCCACCACCAUCACCACUACAACCAGGGCAAUGCUGGUACAACUCACCCCCAACACCACCAUAACCACGGAGCAAAAUCGCCCGACUUCACCAACCAGAACUCAGACCAGGCCAAUGAGGAGUGGGAGACCGCCUCUGAGAGCAGUGACUUCACAGAGUUCAAAGACAGGGAAGGAGGAGUUGGGAAGUCUUAUGCUUCUCACCAUCACCACCACCUGGGAAGGGGAGGAGGGGGCGGCGGAGGUGGCGGUCUGGUUGAGCGAGAGAUGACGAGUAAAGAGCCAUUGGCCAAUAAAAGAAGCUUCUCAAGCCAACGUCCUGGGAUGGAGCGACAGAACCGGCGGGUCAACACUGGAGGAGGAGGAGGGGGAGGUGGAGGCAGAGGUCCUCGUGGCCCUCCUGGUGGUUGCUCCGGUGGGCCUGGCACUGGAGGUGGCAGCCGUGGGGAGAAGCGUGGCAACUGGCCCUCACCAAAAAAUAGGAAAUGAUGGAGUCUAAGAAAACAUUUUAGAUGAACCCCACCCAAAAUUAAAACCCAUCCCCUUACAUCUUAACCCCUUUUGCUCAUUAUUUCAUGGCUUAUCUGUUGGCAUCAUAACACAGUAGUGUAUUAUACAGUAUAUGGAGAUGAUAUUCACAUUCACUUAUGCUUCCCAGUCACCUGUCCCUUUUGCAUCCUUCUAUCUACCGUCCGUUAUUCAAAAUUUCAGUUUUGUUCAUUUAUGCCCCCACCCCUACUUUUUAAAAUUUCCUUUGAGCAAUCCCACCCUGGAUUAAUUUGACAAGCAUGUGGUUGUGCAAUGAAGAUGCACGUUCUUUUGACAGAAAACAUUCACACAAUGCUCCACAAAUAUUCACAUAUACAAGCACAAAUGACAUCUUUAAAAACACACAAACACAUGUACAAUAAAAAAAAUGUGGGCUUAAAUUGGAAAAUUAAUGUUUGGAUUGGGCUAACUUUUAUAUUUAUGUACCUGUGUAUAUUUCUACCACACUUUGGCCUUGAGUGGUAUUCAGUAGUGCAGUUCUGCAUUAAUUCCCUCACAGAAGGAAAGAGUGCAGAAUCAUCUUUUAACAAGAAUAUUGUAUCAUAACAGGCUUUGUUUCUUGUGUGUGCUUUUUUUUUUUUUUAUAUAAUUUCUGUUAAGUUUCAGACCCUGAGCAUCUGCAUAUGUUAGGAAUGUGUGCAUGUUGUUUUUCUUCUUUUACACAGCAGGUCAUUUGAUACCUUUUUACUAAGUUCCCCCAAUUCGUCGUUGUUGGUCUCCUGAAAAGUGUCUGGUUACUGUGAGAAGGCCUGAUGAAGUACUACUGCUCACCUAAACUUGCAUUGAUUUGUCUUUAAUAUCAGUGUUUUCGCAGCUUGUUCAAAUAGAUGGUGUGAUGAUUUUUUUGUUUCUUUUAAAAUUGUUGACCCAACAUUUCAUUAGGUUUUGGUUGCUUCUUUUGUAGGAAGUAAGGCUUUUUUGGCCUAAUCGUAGCAACCUCCUUACUUGGAGAACUUCUGCACACUGCAAAAAUCCCCAAGGACAGUAGUUUUAUCCUCUUGACAUUUGUUUAACCUAUGAAAACUGUAUUGAUAGCGUGAUGGCUUUAUUUUAACAACCAUUUCCUCAAUGACCUUAAUUUUUGUGGAACCUCCCCUUUUAUUUUCCUCCCUCAAGUUGAAAUACCCGGUAGUCUUGUCAGGAAAAAAAAUGAGUUUGAUGAAGAUGUAGGUCAUGAUAUAACACGUUUGACUUUCAUAAAAUUGUUUAUGCUCCAGUAGGUAAUUGAAUAUGUUCUAAUAAGCACUCCUUGUAGUAUAAAACAUCCAUGGUUGCUGUUAUUCUCUUUGUGUUAAUUUUUUCUUUUUUUUUUUGUUUUGGCAAAUUACAUGUGCUGCAACAGGACAGGUACUCUGUCUGGGCCCAGAGUACAGAUCCAGUGUUGUACUAUUACACCCCCUCUACUGUCACUCACGUGUGGGACGAUGCACUCUGUGCUCUUGUGGAGACUCUUCACACCAAGACUGACUCGGUGUCUGAGGAGAAGUAUUUCUCAAAGCGUGUGUACACAGGAUGGCUGUUUCUUUACAUGAAGCCAACCAGGAGCCCAAGUAAAUUGAAUUCAGGACUAUGCUGAACAGGUGGAAAAGCAUCAUCUUCCUCAGUUCACACGGUUUCUGAAAUUUUACUUGCAACAAAUAAUGCUGACCUGGAGUAGGAAAAACAAAAUGUUGGGUUGAUGUAGGAUUACACUUUAAACAAAGUUUGUAUCACACAUAAUAGACAUAAAACAACUUGAGACGGCAUCAAAGGUGAACUAAAUUGAUUUUCUCAUCUGCAUCAAUUCUGUCACUGCUGUAAGUUGGGGUUUUGUUUGUUUACUGACAACAGUUUGAAGAUUGUCUCUGAGAUGUUGUGAGUAGGGCAUUUGAUCGUGUAUGUGUGUGCUUGUGUGGAUGUGUUUUUUCAGUGUCUGUGUAAUAAUUUGGGAAGGGGUGGGGGCCAGAGGGUUUAACAUGGACGGCAAGCACUUUCUGCCUUGUUUGCCCACAUGUGAUUUAACAGAUAUAAUUAAGACAAUUCUGCUGUUUUCUUAAAUACAUCCACAUGUAUACAUUCAUUUGUGUGUAUGAUCAGCAUCCAAAUGAAGAAUCUGCUGUGGAGAACUUCACUUUCUUGUGUAAUUUAAGCGUAACUUUAUUCAACAGGCAAAUGAAGUUGGACAUAUUUUAUUUUUCACUGACUUCUUAGCAUGAACACACCCAUGGUUGCAGCUUGCAUUGCCUGUUACUGGUUUAUACAUUGAUAGCUGUACACUUAACACUGACUCAAAGAGUCCUUCAUCCCUCCUUAAUGUUGAUGUGCGCAAUAUUGUAUGUACCCAUGUUAAAAGAAAAACAAUUAGUGUAAUUCCAACAAACGUUCUCAAAGAUUGUAUUAUGUUUUCAGCAUUACUGAGGUACCUGGAGUGGUUCAAACUGUUUUUAGCAUUUAUGGUUUUGGUAAUGGAACCGUAAUAUACACACAUGUAUGUAUGUAUAUUGGUAUGUAUCUAAGUUUUGUCUACCCCAACUUACAUUCCCACAAACAAAUGUUGCCAUUUUAGUUCAAGGGAGCAAUGUACAAGCAGAGAAGUGUCUUAUUAUAAUAAAGUUAUACAGAGAAGGCAAAGUUAAAUAAACUACUUUUGAUUUAAUGGAA